AUGGCGAACCUCCCCUCGCAAUAUGAGAUUCGCGUUCUGGGCCCUGAACAUGAGGAAUGGGCCCGAGCGAUAUGCCUCUACACAAAUAUGUUCCAUAGUUCAUUCUGGCCAGUCGUGUAUCCAGAAAAUAGAACUCGGCGGCUGUAUGAGUCCUUUCAGGCAGGGAAAUACCUGAUCCAGCACCAAAUCGACUCAGGAUAUUCCCUCGGUAUAUUCGACAAAGAAUAUCAGUUCAAGCGCCCCGAGUCUGUGGCCACUGGCGGCAAGCUGUACUGGGACCUCGAUGAUGAGAGUGCCACAGAGAGCGAAUUAGAAGAUCAGAUGGAUUUCCCGCUCGUCUCCAUCGCGAUGGCCUAUGAUGGGAUCAAUGAGCUCGACAUGGCUCAGAUAUAUCCACUUAUCGAUACCCUACCGCUCUUUGGAAAGGUCUACCAGGUUAUCGGAGAUAUUGACAGACGUGACCCUGCUUCAUGGAAAACCACAGGCCCAAAGCAGGUUCUUAUGCGUAAUGCCACCAAUACUAUGAAAGCGUACUCUGGUCAAAGACUCAUGAGACAACUCGCCGAUGAAAUGAUGCAGCGAGCAGCCGAACAAGCAUUCCGUGAUAUUCAGAUUGAGAGUGCCAAUCCCGCGGUUUUUAAAGUGUGGUCUGAGCCAACUUCCUUCAGAGGGACAGUUGUGUCACAGUUUCAUACCUGGACAUACGAAGAAAAGCGAGAAUCUGGGGAGAUAUUGAAUCCUUUCCGGCCAGCGAAUCUCAACCUUGCAAGAAUAUUUGUGGACUUAUGUUGA